UGUUUGAAUUCCUCUCUGAGCUCUAGAGACCCUGAAACCUGGUCCAACCGCCGCUCAUUACAAUCUCCUGAAGAAGAGAAAGGAAAAGGGCGCUGAUGGAGCUGAAGGUGCUGGUGGAGGGCGUGGUCAGAGUGGUGUGUGGCCUAUCACUGAACACUUCCUGCCAGGAUGUCGUCAUCGCUCUGGCACAAUCACUCAGUCAGACAGGUCGUUACAUUCUUAUCGUGAAGCUACGAGGGAAGGAGAGACAGCUAGUUGCUGACGACUGUCCUCUCCAGCAUCUGUCUCAGCUGGGACGGCUGGCCGCGGAGGUCCAGUUCGUCCUGCGGAGGACCGGUCCCAGCCGCAGCGAUGGUCAAGACCACCAAGAACCAGAGCCGCACAGUCUGGGUUCCUCAACACACCCGAAGAGGACUGAACCAAACAGGGUCCGGUCUCCAUCGCCCCGAGCCUCUCCAGAACCCCGAGCUUCCCCCGUCUCUUUCCUAGACCCUCACAACUCCCCCAAGGAGGAGGUGUUCAGGCAGAUCCUGCAGCAGCAGAGGAGGCUACAGGACCUGGGGAUUCAGCUUCAAUCUCUGGAGAGAGAGGCCGAGGUGUGGGAGCGGGAGAGGUCAUCUGCCGAAGUUCCUGGUCUGAGUCCUGUCGCCGAAGGGGAACUGGAGGAACUGGAGCAGCGUCUGAGGCAGACCGAGGCAGAUCUGAUGAUCAGGAACAAGUGGGAGGAAGAGUUACAGGCAGAGAUGGACAGAGAAGAAGAUAUGCACGGACGUCUGCAGCAGCUACACUCAUCCAUGGACGACCACGGUCAUCAGAUCGAGGAGCUCCAAGCUCGUUCUGCACAGCUAGAGCGGGACGUGCAGCUCGGAGCCCACAGACAGAGCUCUCGGGCGGACACUCGGCAGCCGGAGGAGGCGCUGAGGCCUCUGAAGCAGGAGCUCCACUACCGCCGGCAGCAGGGAGAAGAUCUGGAGGCAGCGUUGUCGGGGACACAGAGGGAUCUACAGACAAAGGAGGAAAAGCUGCAGGGCAGACAGGAGAUGAUUGAGGAGCUGAAUAAAGAGCUGAGACAGUGUAAGCUGCAGCAGUUCAUCCUGCAGACCGGCGGUCCGGACCAGAUAAACCUGCCCGUCACUGACGUCUACCUCAGCAAUGCUGGUAUCAUGGAGUAGCAGCAGCCACGGGGCUGUACGUCAUCAGAUGGUUUGAAGUGACUAUAAUUAGCCGCAGAAGAAGUUUACUGAUACCACGGUGUUAAAGUACUCCGGUUCAAGAGGAAGGACAAUGAAGAAGAGAAGACUUGUUCCUCCAGUUUUAGGAUUUUAUCUUUUCAGAUCAGAUGAAGUAACGUUAAAGAAUUUAUGAAGGAAACAAUCGUCAUGAACUGAAAGUAAACGUGUGUGUGUGUGUGUGUGAGUGUGUGUGUGUGUGUGUGUGUCCGAUAAGCCAAUCAUUGCCAGUUUCUUUGUAAAAAUAAAAUAACAAUGUCUUUGAAAUAGAUUCAAAUGAAUUUCAAUGCCACUGAAAAUGAACACUUGUAUGUUUUUGCUUGUUUAUAUUUCCUACCUGAACUUGUCACAUAAAGUCUUUUUCUAAACUCGUUGCUCAUCUGUUUGUUGUUUCACGGAUCAAUUCAAGCUCUCAUGAGGCAGUUUGUCUUUGCUCCACCAGAGGGCGCCACAGCUUGGUCCAUGAUGAGAUCCAACAUUUACUGCACACAUCCCUCCAAAGCCUGAGCAGCGUUUUAGUGCUCACACAUGCAGACCACUUCAUCUGGACGAGACCUUCAGAAGCUCAUCACACGCUUUACUCACAGCUCCCAGCUGAUGUUUUCAAUUAUCUGGUUUAAUCCGACCGAAA